CUCUCACUGCACCCACUUCAAGUUAACUUCAAAUAACCACAUUCUCUCACUUUUCUUUUAUAUAUAUACAACUACUUAAUUCCUUUAUAGAAAGAAAAAAACAAUGGUGAAAUUCUCAAAGGAGCUAGAAGCACAAUUGAUACCAGAAUGGAAGGAAGCAUUUUUGAACUAUUGGCAAUUGAAGAAACAAAUAAAGAGAAUUAAGGUCUCAAAAAUUCCAAAGCAAAAUCACCAUCAUGUUGAUGGAGAAUCUAUUAUGGAUUCUCUUUGCUUUAUUGUCAAGAAAAUCUCUCAAAAACUCUCACCUAGUUCAGACCAUGAUGAUAACACCAACAUCAUUAAGGUCAGGAAGAAAACCAAAAAUGGCAGUGGUGAAGAAUUAUACGAAACAGAGCUUGUUCAAUUAUUUUCAGAAGAAGAUGAGGUUCGUGUGUUUUUUGUGAUGCUUGAUGAAGAGCUAAACAAAGUGAACCAAUUUUACAUUAAACAAGAGAUUGAAUUCAUUGAGAGAGGAGAAGCCUUGAACAAGCAGCUUCAAAUUUUGCAAGACCUAAAGCAAAUUAUUAAUGACCGGCGUCGAAAAAAUCAUCCCUCGUCAAAGACAAAUAAUAAUCCUGAGAUUUUUCCUCGUUCACCACCACGGGAUUCUAAUUACUCAGAAAGUUAUGGAGAAUCAGACGAAACAAAUUCAGAAAUAUCACAUACAGAUGAAGUAAUAGCAAGUUUAGAGAAAAAUGGUGUCAACUUUGUGAAUUCAGCAAUGAGGACAAAAACAAAGAAAGGAAAGCCAAAAAUUGCAAUGAGAAUAGAUGUUCCAGGCACAAACGCAACUAGAGCAAUUACAGCUAUUACUAGCAUGCUUUGGGAGGAUUUAGUCAAUAAUCCAACAGGAGAUUUCAUUCACAAGAAAAAGAUUCAAUGUGCUGAGAAAAUGAUUAGAAGUGCUUUUGUUGAACUCUACAGAGCCCUUGGCUUACUCAAAACUUACAGCUCACUAAAUUUGGUAGCAUUUACGAAGAUACUAAAGAAAUUCGAUAAGGUGUCUUGCCAAAAAGCUUCUGCAAGUUAUUUAAAAGAAGUGAAGAGAUCCCAUUUCGUUAGUUCUGAUAAGGUUGUUAGACUAAUGGACGAAGUGGAGUCCAUAUUCACAAAGCACUUUGCCAACAAUGACAGAAAAAAGGCAAUGAAGUUUUUAAGACCAAAACAACAUAAAGAUUCUCAUAUGACCACCUUUCUUGUCGGGUUGUCUACAGGUUGUUUUGUGUCCUUGUUUUGUGUAUAUGCAUUUUUGGCUCAUUUGUGCUCUAUAUUCUCUCCUAAUAAUGAGUCAGCUUAUAUGGAAAUUGUCUAUCCUGUUUUCAGUGUAUUUGCAUUAUUAAGCUUGCAUUUGUUUAUGUAUGGAUGUAACUUAUACAUGUGGAAAAGAACAAGAAUCAAUUACAAUUUCAUAUUUGAAUUCUCUCCAAGAACAUCACUUAAACAUAGAGAUGCAUUUUUGAUAUGCACUACUUUGAUGACAACUGUUGUUGGAGCAAUGGUUGUGCACCUUCUUUUAAGGGCUGCUGGCUUUCCUCCUACCAAAAUUGAUGUACUUCCUGCAAUUUUACUUAUGACUUUCAUAGGUCUGCUCAUUUGGCCAUUCGACAUUUUUUAUCGUCCAACCCGUUACUGCUUCCUCCGUGUCAUUCGCAACAUUGUCUGCUCUCCGUUUUAUAGGGUUCUGCUAGUAGACUUUUUUAUGGCUGACCAACUAACUAGCCAGAUUCCAUUGCUAAGGCAUUUGGAAACUACAAGCUGUAACCUUUUAGGUAGAGUUUUCAAAACACAUCACCCUGAUUCCUGUCAUUCUGGAAGGCAAUAUAUGGAAAUAACUUAUAUCAUCUCAUUCAUGCCAUAUUAUUGGCGUGCUAUGCAAUGUGCGAGACGGUGGUUUGAUGACAGCGACAUGAACCAUUUGGCUAACAUGGGAAAGUAUGUUUCGGCGAUGGUGGCAGCGGGAGCAAGAGUAACAUACAGCAGACAAAAUGACAAUCUAUGGUUUGCAAUAGUCUUAAUCACUUCUGUGGUGGCAACAACUUAUCAAUUGUAUUGGGAUUUUAUCAAGGAUUGGGGAUUUUUAAAUCCUAAAUCAAGAAAUCCAUGGCUUAGAGAUGAUUUGGUUUUAAAGAAAAAAAGCAUAUACUAUAUGUCUAUUGCCUUAAACAUUGUUUUGAGAGUGACAUGGGUGGAGACUAUCAUGCAUUUCAAAGUCGGACAUGUUGAAUCGCGACUGCUAGAAUUUUUGUUGGCUGCACUUGAAGUUAUUCGACGAGGGCAUUGGAAUUUCUACAGGUUGGAAAAUGAGCAUCUAAAUAACGUUGGCCAUUACCGAGCAGUGAAGACAGUUCCAUUACCAUUUCGUGAGACAGAUUCCGACUAUUGAAAAGUCAUUUUUGUCAAAUGUCUUGCAAUGCAAAAGAUGCAUCUUCAAUGGCAUUUCUCCUGUGAAUCAACACUCAAAAUUUUGGAUUUCCUGUUUUAUAUCGAACAAAAAGGAGAAAAGAGAUUUCGUUGUCUUUCCUUUUGUUUAUUGUCUAUUUCUCUUUUAUUAAACUGAUUUCAGAAAUUAGUAGCUUGAUUCUAUGUAACCUAUUAUAAAAUGUAAUCAACAAGAAAUAAGUAUCAAUUUAACUAGUUGAAUGAGUACUAAAGACAAAAUGUAACUCAGUUCUUCAAAACAAUUUUUCCGAUAA